UGCCUUAUGUCUUCAGGACUGUUGUAGUGCUGUGAAGAGAUACCAUGGCCAAGGCAACUCUUACAAAAGAAAACAUUUAACUGGGGGCUUGCUUAAGAAUUUUGAGGAGCUAAGAUUGGUAGCAUACUCCUUCAAGGGCCCAGAUGGAGCAAUUAUCAGAUGAAGAAAUUGACCAUGGUGCGGAAGAAGACAGUGACAAGGAAGAUCAGGACCUGGAUAAAAUGUUUGGAGCCUGGCUUGGGGAACUGGACAAACUUACUCAGAGUUUGGAUUCUGACAAGCCUAAAGAACCAGUGAAAAGAUCUCCUCUUCGUCAGGAAACAAAUAUGGCCAACUUUUCUUACCGUUUCUCCAUAUACAACUUGAAUGAAGCUCUGAAUCAGGGAGAGACUGUGGAUCUGGAUGCCCUGAUGGCCGAUCUCUGCUCCAUAGAGCAAGAGCUCAGUAGUAUUGGCUCAGGAAAUAGUAAGCGUCAAGUCACAGAACCAAAAGUCACCCAGAAGCUACCUGUUAGCCGACAGACAUCAAAACAUGGCACCCUGAGAGGAUUAUCAUCUUCCUCUACUAGAACAACUAAACCUUCCCCUGCUAACUACUCCCUGGAUGACAUCACUGCACAAUUAGAACAGGCUUCCUUGAGCAUGGAUGAGGCUGCUCAGCAAUCUGUAGUAGAAGAUUCUAAGCCUUUAGUGACAAAUCAGCACAGAAGGACUGCGUCAGCUGGCACCGUGAGUGAUGCUGAAGUACGCUCUAUUAGCAAUUCCUCCCGUUCAAGCAUCACUUCUGCAGCUUCUAGCAUGGAUUCUUUGGAUAUUGACAAAGUGAUACGCCCUCAAGAACUGGAUUUGACAACACAUCAGGGGCAGCCAAUUACUGAGCAUGCUAUUUCUCUGAGAUGUCCCAGUAAGCAGGCCAAGCACCACUCUGACGUCACAGAAGAGCAGGCUGAACUGACACCUCACUCCUAUCUGGACAGGGAAACCUCCCUUCUUCUGAGAAACAUUGCAGGAAAACCUUCUCAUUUGCUGACCAAGGAAGAACAAGCAGCAAAACUGAAAGCUGAGAAGAUCAGAGUUGCCCUGGAGAAAAUUAAAGAGGCCCAAGUAAAAAAGCUGGUAAUCAGGGUGCACAUGUCUGAUGACAGUUCUAAAACAAUGAUGGUGGAUGAGAGACAAACAGUGAGACAAGUGCUGGACAACCUGAUGGACAAAUCUCACUGUGGGUACAGUUUAGACUGGUCGCUGGUGGAGACCAUUUCUGAGUUACAAAUGGAGAGAAUCUUUGAAGACCAUGAAAACUUGGUUGAAAAUCUUCUUAAUUGGACAAGAGAUAGCCAAAAUAAGCUUAUAUUUAUGGAGCGUAUAGAAAAAUACGCACUUUUUAAAAACCCACAGAAUUACCUUCUUGGGAAAAAGGAAACAGUUGAGAUGGCAGACAGAAACAAAGAAGUGCUUUUAGAGGAAUGUUUUUGUGGGAGUUCUGUAACUGUCCCAGAAAUUGAAGGUGUCCUUUGGCUGAAAGACGAUGGCAAGAAGUCCUGGAAAAAGCGUUACUUUCUCUUACGAGCAUCUGGCAUCUACUAUGUCCCUAAAGGAAAAGCAAAGGUAUCUCGGGACCUGGUGUGCUUUCUCCAGCUGGAUCAUGUAAAUGUAUACUAUGGGCAGGACUAUCGGAGCAAAUACAAAGCACCCACAGACUGUUGUCUGGCAUUAAAGCACCCACAGAUCCAGAAGAAGUCUCAGUAUAUCAAGUACCUUUGCUGUGAUGAUGUUCGGACACUGCAUCAGUGGGUCAAUGGAAUCCGAAUCGCAAAGUAUGGGAAGCAGCUCUACACAAAUUACCAAGAAGCCUUGAAAAGGACAGAGCCUGCUUAUGAUUGGACUUCUUUAUCCAGCUCCAGCAUUAAAUCUGGAUCCAGUUCUUCUAGCAUCCCAGAGUCUCAGUCAAAUCACUCUAACCAGUCUGACAGUGGAAUGUCAGACACCCUGCCCACAGGACACAUCCGUUCCCAAAGCACUGUGAGCUCCAUCUUCUCAGAAGCCUGGAAACGAGGCACUCAGUUGGAAGAGUCUAGCAAGCCCUGGACCUCACCAUGUACUCAGUCUGGCCUUGCCCUCCCAAGUGUUGGAGUUAUGUCUUCUCAUCCCUCCAGACGACCUCAUGACACUUACCCUUUUCCAAGUAAGACCUUGGAGCCCAUGGUGGGUCCUCUUCAGCAUAAGGAUCACUGUACUCAACCACAGCUGCUUCCUCCUCUUCAUAAUCCUCUGGAGGUGGCGGUGGAGGCGGGGAUUCAUCAAAGACUGGCUCUUCCACAGGUGGUGGUGGAGGUGGUGUAUCUGAAACUAAGAGUUUAUCAAGCUGACAAACUAUAUAGUAUGUAGAGUUCAAUAUUUAUCUGAGCUUCCUGAUUCAUUAAAUAUAAACCCAGACUCAAAAAUAAUCAUCUUUCAAAAACUGAAUGCUAAGAGGAAUUUUCCCACCAUUAUGUUUUCAAUUGCCAAGCAAGACUUCUCCCUCCCUUUUGGGUUAAGUGUUGAUGGAUGUUGAGUGCGGUUUAGUCCAAAACUUUACUGUUAAUUGGCCUCCAGAACCUUUCAGUAAUAACACAUAAGCCCUAUAAAUACUGAUUAUCUUUCUAAAGAAAUGAGUACAAUAUAGUUGGGUUUCAUUAUCAAAGAAUUAUCAGAGAUAUUAAUAACUUGAGUAAUCACAAUCACAUAAGAAAGUAAAAUGAUGGGGACUGGAAGAUGGCUCAGGGGUUAAGAGUACUGGCUGUUCUUCCAUAGGUCCUGAGUUCAGUUCUCAGCAAUCAUGUAGUAGCUCACAACCACCUACAGUGAGAUCUUGUGCCCUCUUCUGGCCUGCAGGAAUACAUGCAGACAGAACACUGUAUACAUAGUAAAUAGACAAAUCUUUAAGGAAAAACUAAAAUGAGUCAAAGAAAUAGUCAAAUUUUUACAAUCUGCUACUUUAGUCUCAGUUUUCUGUAUAUUUACUCAGACAAGUUCGCAUUAUAUAACCCAAACUAGCCUCAAACUCACAACCUUCCUCCUCAACCCCAAGUGCUAGGAUUAUCAGGAUUCACCACAACACCAGCCUGAUUUUCAUUAAACAGAGUUACAUCAAACUGGGGUAACUUCAGUCAUUACAAUGUUUGUUUGCUUGUGGAAUUUGAACUAAUUCAGGUUUAGUCAUUAUUUAAAUUUCUUGAGACUAUAUGUCCAUAUGUAUUAUUAGAAUCAGUCUCAUCGUAUUGUAACAUGUAAAAAAAUCGUCUCCAAACCCAGAGAACUCAAAGCUGUCAAAAUGCUUGGUAAAUACUUGAACACAACAAAGCAAAAAUAAAUUUGCACUGACCUCAGUUUUAAUCA